AACUAUCAAAAUUACUUCAAAAUACGAAAGAAUAAAGAAAAAGAAAACCUUCUUGAUUCAAAAAAGGAGUAUUCACCUCAAAUUGAGAUCAACCAUCAUAGUUGAAGACGAAAUGCUAGAAGUACUUUCAUAAAUGCAAGAUAGACAUACUUGCUAUUACUAAUUUUAAGAGUAUUCAUUGGAUAUUGGAAAUUCUAGUCACUGAAAUUAUAGAUAAACAAUAAUUUCUAUAUAAUAUUUAAAGUAGGUGAAGGAUGAAGGUUGGAUUGGGGGAGGCAGAAAGUGUUCCAAGAAAUAUCACAGGUAAAGAGUUGAGACCUGGCAAGUGGAAGAAUUGUUUAAUUCACAAGAAAUUGGAAAAAGGUCAAUUAUUCUGCCAUAUCCGCAUCAUUAUUGCUAAAAUACUUUACAAGUAAAUAAAAUGUACUCAACCAAUAUUUGAUAACUUCAGAGAAGAGGCUUCAUUUUCUCAUAUUUUUUUUACUUUCCAUUUUUAAAAUAGGAGGUUUUCUUAAAUUUCGGUGGGGAACCAGGGUUUAGUUUCAAGCCCUUGGAUUUAAGAAGACAACAGAUUAAUUUUUCUACGAAUCCAGAUUAUCACAGGGGAAAACAAUAUCACUAUUACUUACUAGCAUUUCUAUGACCAUUUGAGGAUAACGAUGGAAUGAAACAGCAAAGAUACCCGGAACAAGUCACUCUGGUUGCAGAAUUCCUUCAAUCCGCCAUCUUUUUGUUCUAGUCUUGAGAACGGGAAUAACAUUCACAAAACGCAAGGUGGCGCGGCUGCCUAAAAAGAGAGAAAUACCUUCGCAAAGAAAGGAUGUUACAGAUUCCAGAGUAAAGAGGAAAUCUGACCAGAAAAGUAUAGGAAAGGAAACCGUGGUAAUAGGAAUUGGGGGAAAGUGAGGAUCCUUCCUCACAAACAUUGCUGUUAUUCAGCUCGUUUCAAAGAAUUCGGCUGCUGCCAUUUGUGAGAGCCGCUGGAGACUGAGUGGAAGUCAUUUUGAAAGACUGAUCCAAGGAAGAAUGGAGGCCGGAGUGGAGUGUCCUGUGCAGAAAAGGCAAGUCCUAUUUCUUUGUAUAUGUCUGGGAAUGUCUUUGGCUGGCGCCGAACCGCUUCGGUAUUUUGUGGCGGAGGAAACCGAGAGAGGUGCCUUUCUUACCAACCUGGCAAAAGACCUAAGGUUAGGGGUAGGGGAACUGACAGCCCGGGGAACUAGAAUUAUUUCAGACCAGAACAUGCAAUUUUUACUGCUCAAUUCGCUUACUGGUGAUUUAUUUCUAAAUGAGAAAUUGGACCGAGAGGAACUGUGUGGACCCAGAGAGCCCUGUGUGCUGCCUUUCCAGUUGUUAUUGGAAAAGCCUUUUCAGAUUUUCCGUGCUGAACUAUGGGUCAGAGACAUCAAUGAUCACUCUCCAAUAUUUCUAGAUAGAGAGAUUUCCUUGAAAAUAUUAGAAAGCGCCACUCCAGGGGCAGCAUUUCUCCUAGAAAGUGCACAGGAUUCAGAUGUUGGAACCAAUAGCCUGAGUAACUACACCAUAAGCCCCAAUGCCUAUUUCCAUAUUAAAGUCCACGAUAGUGGGGAGGGCAAUAUCUAUCCCGAAUUGGUGCUGAACCAAGAGCUGGAUCGGGAAGACAUUCCAGAGCUCAGUUUAGCCCUCACGGCCUUGGAUGGCGGCUCUCCGCCCAGAUCCGGGACCGCCCUUGUGCGCAUCACGGUUGUAGACAUAAACGACAACGCCCCUGAAUUUGUGCAGUCGUUCUACAAGGUGCAGGCGCCCGAAAAUAGCCCGGUUGGUUCCAUGGUUGUCUCCGUGUCCGCUAGAGAUUUAGACACCGGAAGUAAUGGGGAAAUAGCCUAUGCGUUUUUUUAUGCCACUGAAAGAAUUCUCAAAACGUUUCAACUCAAUCCAACAUCUGGCAAUCUUUAUCUUAAGGCGCAAUUGGACUAUGAGGCAAUUCAGACAUACACAUUAACUAUUCAGGCAAAAGACGGCGGCGGGCUUUCCGGAAAAUGCACUGUAGUGGUUGAGGUAACAGAUGUAAACGAUAAUCAACCCGAGCUGCUUCUGUCUUCACUUACUAACCCAAUUGCAGAAAACUCACCCGAGACAGUCGUGGCUGUUUUCAGAAUUAGAGACAGAGAUUCCGGGAACAAUGGAAAAACGGUGUGCUCCAUCCAGGACGAUCUACCUUUCAUCCUGAAGCCAUCUGUAGAGAGCUUUUAUACUCUGGUAACAGAGAAACCUUUGGAUCGAGAGAGGAACACUGACUACAACAUCACCAUCACCGUCACCGACUUGGGGACACCCAGGCUGAAAACCGAGUACAACAUAACCGUGCUAGUCUCUGACGUCAACGACAACGCCCCCGCCUUCACACAAUCCUCCUACACCCUGUUUGUCCGGGAGAACAACAGCCCCGCCCUGCACAUCGGCAGCGUCAGCGCCACAGACAGAGACUCAGGCACCAACGCACAGGUCAUCUACUCGCUGCUGCCGCCCCAGGACACGCACCUGCCCCUCGCCUCCCUGGUCUCCAUCAACGCGGACAACGGACACCUGUUCGCCCUCCGGUCGCUGGACUACGAGGCCCUGCAGGCGUUCGAGUUCCGCGUGGGCGCCACAGACCGCGGCUCCCCGGCGCUGAGCAGCGAGGCGCUGGUGCGCGUGCUGGUGCUGGACGCCAACGACAACUCGCCCUUCGUGCUGUACCCGCUGCAGAACGGCUCCGCGCUCUGCACCGAGCUGGUGCCCCGGGCGGCCGAGCCGGGCUACCUGGUGACCAAGAUGGUGGCGGUGGACGGCGACUCGGGCCAGAACGCCUGGCUGUCGUUCCAGCUGCUCAAGGCCACGGAGCCCGGGCUGUUCGGCGUGUGGGCGCACAAUGGCGAGGUGCGCACCGCCAGGCUGCUGAGCGAGCGCGACGCGGCCAAGCACAGGCUGCUGGUGCUGGUCAAGGACAAUGGCGAGCCUCCGCGCUCGGCCACCGCCACGCUGCACGUGCUCCUGGUGGACGGCUUCUCCAAGCCCUACCUGCCGCUCCCGGAGGCGGCCCCAGCCCAGGCCCAGGCCGACUCGCUCACCGUCUACCUGGUGGUGGCGUUGGCCUCGGUGUCGUCGCUCUUCCUGUUCUCGGUGCUCCUGUUCGUGGCGGUGCGGCUGUGCAGGAGGAGCAGGGCGGCCUCAGUGGGUGGCUGCUCGGUGCCCGAGGGCCCGUUUCCAGGGCAUCUGGUGGACGUGAGCGGUACCGGGACCCUGUCCCAGAGCUACCAGUACGAGGUGUGUCUGUCGGGAGGUUCUGGGACAAAUGAGUUCAAGUUCCUGAAACCAAUUAUCCCCAACUUCCUACCCCAGAACACAGGUAGGGAAGUCGAAGAAAAUCCCCCAUUUCAGAAUAAUUUGGGUUUCUGAAAAAGGACGAAAACUAAAUGUGUGUCUGUGAAUACAUUUCUAAUUAGGAACUUAUCUUGAGCUACCUGUAGAAGAGUGUCUGUAGAUCAUUUCAAAUAUGUACUCUUGAAGUCAAGAAAUUAAUUUCUGUACAUAGGAAAGAAUCUAGAUUUAGUACCAGGAACCCUUCUCAAAGCAUGACAUGUGUAUGUGUAAUGUUUUAUGUCAAAUAAUUAUGCUUAAUAUACAGUUUAUUAAACGGUAAGUCUUGUUUGAGAUACUUUAAA